AUGAAUGUUCAUAAGGGGAGAAUAUUCUCUUCUCUUUGUUUUCGAAUUCCCAGACUGAUAAGCAGUAAAAAAUCGUCCAAAACAUAUGGCGAAGUGAAUUCAGAAUCCAUCACAGCGAGAUGUAGUCUCAGAUUGCCGUAUAAUACGCAUUUAUUAGAUUUUCAGGGCAGUAUUAUUUUAUGGAAACAGCCGAUGUUGAUGCGAUCCCUUCUUGGCAUUAUUACUCGAGAAAUAUUUUUGAUGGGCGGAAGUGGAAAAGGAACAGGAAAAGAAGGUCGAGAGGAAAAGAUAAGUUUCGCAUUUGUAGAGAGAAUAAAUAAAUGA